AUGCUAUUUUUCCACGGAGAUCUGGCUGUCUUAGUGGCACUUUCUUGUUUUGCUACGACGGUCGCAGGCAGCUUUAGUUCGUCGGGUGCCGACAACAUUGCUAUAUACUGGGGACAGAACUCGCACGGAGCUGCUACUGGUACCUCCAACGCACAGCAGCGCCUCUCAUUCUACUGCUCAAAUGCCCAGGUCGACAUUAUUCCGCUGGCGUUCUUGAACGUCAUUAGCAGUCCUUCGGUCAACUUUGCCAACGCCGGCGACAACUGCACUGCGUUUUCAGGAUCGACAUUGCUGGGCUGCUCUCAGCUCGAGGAGGAUAUCCAAACGUGCCAGUCCAAGUAUGGAAAGACGAUUAUGCUUUCCGUGGGCGGUGCUACCUAUACGGAAGGUGGAUUCCGUUCGUCGAUCGCUGCAACUUCAGCCGCUGACAACAUCUGGGCUAUGUUCGGCCCGGUCCAGUCCAACGGCACGGUUAAUCGGCCAUUUGGAAAAGCUGUUGUUGAUGGCUUUGAUUUCGACUUCGAGUCCAGUAGCUCCAACAUGGCUCCCUUUGCUUCGGCUUUGCGGUCUAAGAUGGACGUUGCGACAGCUGCCGGCGACAAACCGUACUACCUUUCAGCUGCGCCUCAGUGCCCGUACCCCGACGCCGCCGACAAGGACAUGCUUGCUGGUUCCGUGUACUUUGAUUUCGUCAUGGUGCAAUUCUACAACAAUUACUGUGGCCUGCCGUCAUUUGUAUAUGCUGCCUCGAAGCAGAACAGCUUUAACUUUGACACUUGGGAUAGAUGGGCCAAGACGUCUAGCAAAAAUCCAAAUGUUAGAGUCCUUCUUGGUAUUCCCGGUAGUUCAACGGCUGCUGGAACGGGUUACACGGCGGGGUCCUCUCUGACGUCCAUCAUUUCGUAUUGCAAGCAGUUUGCGAGUUUUGGGGGUCGUUCAGGACCUCGGCUCGGGAACAUCCACGCUUUCCACAGCGGCAAAUACAACGGCAGGGGCGACGGUUACCACGAAAGUCUCGGAGGUGCCGACGGGCACCACGUUAAUGACACGUUCAUCUGCUACGAUCGGUACGGUUUCAAUCUUGCGAACGCUGACUACAAAAUCGACGACACCCAGACCAACUUCUGGAAUGGCACGGCCAACAACUUUUUCGACAAUCACAAUAAGUGUCGAGAGAGGAACUCGAUCGAGUGGACCCAUAUCAAGUUCCUACCAUGUGACAGCAACAAAUACCGUUGCGUCCCUCCCCACGUCCUCGAGUGCAACUCGGAAAGUGACCAAGUCGGGCACUGGCUUAGGUGCAGACACCUCGACAGUGCCCUCAUCGGUGCCGACAAAAAGUGCUACGCCGGUCCAGCAGUGGAGGCAGUGUGGUGGUAUUGGCUACAACGGUCUGACGCAAUGCCAAGCGCGUUUCACCUGUGUGCGGAACAGCGUUUGGUGGGCAGAGUGCCAGUAGAAUUCAGCUACGAAUACGCGGAGCUAGCUACGAAGUAG